AUGCAGGCCAAGAAGCGCUACCUGAUCCUGCUGUCCGCCGGGGCGUGCGUCCUGCUGCUCUCCUUCCUCGGAGGGCUCCAGCUGCCCGCGGCCAGGAGCCGGCAGGACCGCAGCAGGACCGGGCACCGGCCCGACCAGCCCUGGCCGCACUUCUCGGACCCGUUACACCCGUUCGUGCCGUGGGACCACACGGACACGGAGGAGUACAACGUGCACGUCUCUCCGCGGCAGAAGCGGGACGUGAACACGAGUGUUUACAAAGGCAGACGGUGCCGGAUGGACUCGUGCUUCGACUUCUCGGUGUGCCAGCGGACCGGCUUUAAGGUCUACGUUUAUCCGCAGCAGAAGGGCGACAAGAUCUCGGAGAGCUACCAGAACAUCCUGGCCACCAUCGAGGGCUCCCGGUUCUACACCUCCGACCCGGGACAGGCGUGUCUGUUCGUGCUGAGCCUGGACACUCUGGACCGGGACCAGCUGUCUCCGCAGUACGUCCACAACCUGAAGACCAAAGUGCAGAACCUGCCGCUGUGGAACGACGGCAGGAACCACCUGAUCUUCAACCUGUACUCGGGCACCUGGCCGGACUACACGGAGGACCUGGGCUUCGACAUCGGCCAGGCCAUGUUGGCCAAAGCCAGCAUCAGCACCGAGAACUUCAGGCCCAACUUCGACGUGUCCAUCCCGCUGUUCUCCAAGGAGCACCCGCGGACCGGCGGGGAGCGGGGCUUCCUCAGAUACAACUCCAUCCCGCCCUUCAGAAAGUACAUGCUGGUGUUCAAGGGGAAGCGCUACCUGACCGGGAUCGGUUCGGACACGCGGAAUGCCUUAUAUCACGUCCACAACGCGGAGGAUGUGGUUCUGUUGACCACCUGCAAGCACGGGAAGGACUGGCAGAAGCACAAGGACGCGCGCUGCGACAAGGACAACGCGGAGUAUGACAAGUACGACUACAAGGAAAUGCUCCACAACUCCACCUUCUGCCUGGUGCCUCGCGGCCGACGUCUGGGCUCCUUUCGCUUCCUGGAGGCUCUGCAGGCUGCCUGUGUUCCGGUGAUGCUGAGUAACGGCUGGGAGCUGCCGUUCUCCGAGAUCAUCGACUGGAACACAGCCGCCGUCAUCGGAGACGAGCGGCUGCUGCUGCAGAUUCCCACCACGGUCCGAUCCAUCCACCAGGACAAGAUUCUGUCCCUCCGUCAGCAGACUCAGUUCCUCUGGGAGGCCUACUUCUCCUCGGUGGAGAAGAUCGUCCUGACGACGCUGGAGAUCAUCCAGGACCGGGUGCUAGAACACAGUUCCAGGAGCAGCCUGAUGUGGAACAGCCACCCUGGAGGGCUGUUUGCUCUGCCGCAGUACUCUGGAUACCUGGGAGACUUCCCCUUCUUCUACGCCACACUGGGAAUUAAACCGCACCCAAAGUUCACCGCCGUCAUCCACGCCGUCUCCCCGCUGGUGUCCCAGUCACAGCCCAUCCUCAAGCUGCUGGUGGCCGUGGCCAAAUCCCAGUACUGUGCCCAGAUCAUCGUCCUGUGGAACUGUGACAAAGCUCUCCCUGCGAAGCACCGCUGGCCGGCCACCUCCGUCCCCGUCAUCGUCAUCGAGGGAGAGAACAAGGUGAUGAGCAGCCGCUUCCUGCCCUACGAGACCAUAGUGACGGACGCUGUCCUCAGUCUGGAUGAAGACACAGUUCUGUCCACCACCGAGGUGGACUUUGCGUUCACGGUCUGGCAGAGUUUCCCAGAGAGAAUCGUGGGUUAUCCGGCUCGCAGCCACUUCUGGGACAGCAACAAGGAGCGCUGGGGCUACACGUCCAAAUGGACCAACGAUUACUCCAUGGUUCUGACCGGAGCUGCCAUCUACCACAGGUACUACCACUACCUGUACACCAACUACCUGCCCUCCAGUCUGAAGAACAUGGUGGACCAGCUGGCCAACUGUGAGGACAUCCUCAUGAACUUCCUGGUUUCUGCUGUCACCAAGCUGCCGCCCAUCAAGGUGACGCAGAAGAAGCAGUACAAGGAGACCAUGAUGGGACAGUCUUCGAGGGCGUCCCGCUGGGCCGACCCGGACCACUUCGCUCAGCGUCAGACCUGCAUGAACAAGUUCGCCAGCUGGUUUGGCGCCAUGCCACUGGUCCAUUCCCAGAUGAGACUGGACCCGGUUCUGUUCAAGGACCAGGUCUCCAUCCUCCGCAAGAAAUACAGGGACAUCGAACGGCUCUGACAGGACCGGCGCCCCCCGGUGGCAGAACCCACUCAGGGGGAGGCCCGAGACAGAGACUCGGUGGAGGUCCAGAGGAGUCGACCCCCAGCGGGACGGACCGGGAGGAUCGCAGCUCCGUCUUCCACUCAGCACAUUGCCAAUGACCACAGAACCGCUGCUGCCAGAACCUGAAGCAGGAAGCGUUUGGCCGUGAAAACAAACGGGAAACAGACCGACGGACAAACGGACUGUUUCUACAAACAGCAGCACAAACUACUGACGACAAGAACACUCGGAGAGAAUAUUUUUUGUACCACGAGGACGAAACGGACUUUCCUGCUAACGGCACAUGUGCAGAACGUAGAAGAGGGAAGGUGUUUGCAAACCUGGCAACCCGACCUGCCGCAGAUAAUACUGGUCGCCCCCGGCAACCAUCCCAGAGGGGUGCACUAUGAAGCAGACCGACAGGUUGUAGGCAGGUUUAGUGUCUUUAGAGCGCUGGAUCACCACGGUAACUGAUGUUGUGCAGCUAGAUCACCACGGUAACUGAUGUUGUGCAGCUAGAUCACCAUGGUAACUGAUGUUGUGCAGCUAGAUCACUAUGGUAACCAAUGCUGCACAGCCAGAUCACCAUGGUAACUGAUGUUGUGCAGCUAGAUCACUAUGGUAACCAAUGCUGCAUAGCUAGAUCACCAUGGUAACUGAUGCUGCGCAGCCAGAUCACCAUGGUAACCGCUAUAUUAAUAUGGUUUUUUUUGCUGCUCUGUCCUGAUAAACUGAUGAUGCUGCAGCUAACAGAACACUGAUCAGAAAACCGAUCAAUCUAUUGGUCAUAAUCACAGAUAAUAUUCAAUCAGAACAUUCAUUUCACUUUGAUUUGGCCAAAAACUAAAGUUUCUUUCGUGUCUCCUUCAUUGUUUGUCAGACCUGAAGGAAGCAGCUGCUUUAAGAGUCACUGAGCAGCAAAAUAAAUACAAUACCUGACAUGAGGAAUAGUUUUCCACCAACAUUUAUCUCGUGCAACUUUUUUAUUCCUCACAUCUCCUAAUUAGAACAAUCUGACUGAAGCAGGCGACACACAAUCAGUAAAUUCUGUGCAGACAAAGUGACUGAUCCUGGUUAAAGAAGUAUCACGGAUGGAUCAUCCCUGGUUGUGGAUCAGGUUUAGUUGAUCCAGUUAACCCAGAGGAAGCCUGGUUCUGUUGAACUUGGUAGUGCACCUCUCUGCUCAGCUUCAGGAUUCACCCCCACAUUCUCUGCUCUUCAGUUGAUUUGAUUUCUGUACAAAUCAACCCUAUAAGAGUCUGAAAUCCUCCGUCUUUAGAUGUGUUCAUGUUUGAAGCAGAGAAGGUGGAAGCGCUGGAGUCCGAUCUGUUCCUGCAGCAGCCUGCUGAGGAACAAAGCAGCUGUUAGUUCUCACAUUUCCAUCCACUGACAAACAUCCUCGGCCUGGAGUUUGUUUUCUCUCGGCUCUGUCCUUCAUGUGUUGCUGUUUUAAUGGCCGAUCUGCUUCCUGUUAUCACCGAGAUAAGUUAGAAAAACAUCUCAUCUCAUUUCAUGUCCCAUUUUCCUCCAGCUCUCUGCAGCAGUUCUACUUUUCUCAUCUUCAUUUUUUUUUUUGUUCCACUUACUUUCAUCAUCUUUUAUUUCCUCCUUCAGACAGAGUGUGUGUGUGAGUAUUUGUGUGUGUGUGUGUGUGUGUGUAAGUGUUGUGUGUGUGUGUGUGUGUGCGGAGCCUUGAAAAAGUUGGCUCAUCCAACCAUAAGCUCGAGCCGAGUACAUUUUCCCUUCGUUGGAAUGAGCGAAAUGAACAUUUCUGGAUGAAAUGGAGCAGAACGCUGCAUUCUAACCCAAACUCGUUUCGUCCAUUUUUUUCCUGCUUGCAGUCGGAGCUUCGUCCUCGCAGAGAAACAAAAAGUUUCGUGUCUUUAGUGACCAGCGAACGUUUGUGGAGAGAUUUUUACCGCUGAGUGCUUCAGUGCCAUUCUGACAUCAGGGUCUGCCUUUAAACCACUUUAUUGCACAUCACGUUGCCUACAUCAGUCUGAGACGCCGACGUGCUCUCGUGUUGAAAUAUUCCUUCAUCAGCCGGCCGAGGCUCUGCCGCCUUUGUUUUUGUUUUUUAUCUCCCCCUGACAUAUCAACGACCUCGCAGCCAUUAAAUUGACAGAAGGUUUUCUCCUCCAUUUGUCAGCCAGAGAUACGUUUAGGCUUCAAUUAGGUAAAGCUAUUUGACGUGGAGAGCUGCUGCUCCCAGAGGACGAGCUGUUGAUGAAACAGUGAACAUUAUGGACCAUUGUGUUGUGAAAGCAGUGACCCACAAACAUGACCUGCUGGCAAUUGCUAGCUCUGGGAGGACACGUUUUAUCCUCCUCUGCUUCAUUUAUCACAACUGAAUCACACCAGAACACAGUCUGCUUUAAAUUAUCUCCUCGUGUUGGACGACAAGAUUAAAGUAAUACGUGGGGAUGUUCCGAUCAAGGCCUUUUUCACUGAUCAGUAUCAGCUUUAUUAUGCAAAAAUGUAAGACUAAUCUCUUGUUUUUGUACAGUUUUGUACAGUAUUAUUCACCAAUAUUCGGCAGUGUUAAUAUUCAUUUAUCGUUUAACCGAUAACGCGAAUGAAGUACAGCGGAUUUUUCCCCUCAUGCUAGUUGUAAAUGCAGGUGUAUAGUACCACCUGCUACAGAGAGUCCUUGAUGUACAUCAGAAUUCCGUUGCUACAGCACAACGUAAGUCGAUUUUCGUCAUAAGUCAGAACUCACACUGUCCUACGUGUCCCCUGUGUAUAACAGUCCAAGGUGGCGUACAACCGGCAAAUGAAAACAAAGCCGUCUUCCUCUUUAAGCGCUGACGACGUACUUGUCUGCUCUGCUCGAGAGCUAGUUCCACAUAACCAGUUCCAACAUAACAAUGAAACGCCGUAGGUCGAGGACGUCGUAAACCGAGGACCCCCUGUGUAUCAGUUUGGUUACAUUGUUGAAACAAAAAAGUUUUGCUUGAUUCCAUUCGUUUUGGUCAGACGUCACUAAGCAUCACAGAAGUCUUUAUCAUGGUGCCUGUUGCUAGCUAAACUCCCACAAUGGAUUGAACUCAAAGGAGGAUUGAUUGCAAAACACAGAAGAUGUAGAAGAAGAAUCAAGUUUAGUUCAUACUGAUGAUGAUUUUCAAACAUUAAGACAAAGAUUCUGGACCAGUACAGGUGGAAGAGUUUCUCCUUAGAAUAGUAAAUCAGUAGGUGUAAUCAUUUAAACCCUAACCAGGUACCGCAGCUAGUUUACAGUACUGUUUGUACUGUUCCAGCUCUGGUUGGAGGUCAUUAAUCACCACAGAAGUCUAUUUCAUGGUGCCCAUUGCCAGCUAGGGUUAGGGUUAUUCCACCCAAAACUUUACAUAAUUGAUUUGUUUUAUCACAUUCUGUAGCCUGGAAAAGCUAGCUUCAUGUGCAGUUUACAUUUGUUGUAAUGGUAUCUGGCUCAAAAAGGUGGAGCCACUUGGUCUUUAAUGCUCAGAUUACAGGAAGUUCAUGUGGGAAAGCAGAAAGCAUUGUGGGAGUUUAGCUAAACUUAGCUAACUUAACUUUAGCUGGUGGAACAACCGGUUACUACAGCGGAUCUACAACAGUGUUAAACAGGAAGAGGCCUUAGUGCUUCAUAUAUGUUUAAUCAGUGAAAUUGUUAACCGCAAUUAACCACUGAAGAUAUCCGGUGUUACAAAGGUGUCGUAAAGGGAGAGCACAGUUGUUGUUUUGGUUUCACUACCGGUUAGCAAACCAGCCUAGAGACGCAAUACUGCCACCUGUGGGCCACGAUGUGUAGCUAAAAUGUCUGCAGUGUGGACAUAUUUUAAAUUAGAUAAACAGCUGUUUGUCAUAUCGAAGCCGCAAAACUUUGGAGAGGAUGUAGUAACGGAGCAUGAUAGUAUUAGAUUUAGAAUAUUAAAUGACUACGAUCUGUAUCUGGGAAAAAAAAAACAUGAAUGGAACAUCCCUAAAAACAUCUGCCGCCAUCGGGUUCAUCUUCAGUCCGACCUCACCGUCUUUAGCUUUUAGUGGCCUUUCUGUCAGCACGUCUCAGUUAAUGUUCACCAGUCGGCUGACAACAUCCAAUCACUGCUUCAGCUUGAUUUGUUUUUAUGUUCUUCUACAGACUCCAUGUUAAUGUGUUGUUCCAGCUCUUCAUAUCAAACCAAACAGCUUCAUGUUCUGAAUAUCAGGUUUAAUUCUGGGUCUUUAGCUUUGUUUGCCAGCAGAGUUUUUUAUCAUCUGUUUAAUGUGGAGUCGCAGCAAAAACUGGGAGAAUCUGGUCCAUAUCUCUCAUUGUUUGCUUCCAUAUCGAGCCUUUUGUGUCUGAUUGAAUUACUGUUGCUGGUCCAGAAUCACCACCUCUUCACAUCCCUGCGCUCAGCACUGUACAUAAACACAUAUUUAUUUUUACGAACAGACUGAGAUGACGUCAAACAUUCGACUGAUGCUGCAUCGCAGAGGGGAGUUUCUGCUAUUUAUUCAGUUUAUCUCUACACGCUGUGCACAUUAAUCCACACAGACGCUGAUAUGCAGCUCAGAUUAUGUUUCACUCUGCAUCACUUUUCUGGGGGAAGCAUCCAUCACACUCUGGUGUCUUUAAUACAAAACUCCCCGAGAGAGAUAUAACAUUUCAGACUCAUCGCAGUCGACUUUUAUCUCCUGGGAAGAUUCAUACGCCACCGAUCCAGAAUUGGAUUGGGCCAAACCAUCUCGUCUCUCUGCAGGAGUCAAAUUGUAAAGUCCCAAUAAAAGCAGCGCCAACUGACACAUGAAAAUAAUAAGCAGCUGGGACCAGAUGGAGACUCUGGUUGUGCUGCAGCGUCUUCCCUCAUGCAUUACAGUAAUGUCGGAGCCGUUGUGUUUAAAUGGCCUCUUUCACAGCUUGGUUCGGGUCACAUCAAUGACAGCGGCAACGUUUCCUUCGUUCUGCUGCUGUUCAACACAAAAUCGACUCUCAGCCAGAGUGUGAUGGAUGAAAUUUCUGUCCAGAAAACCUCUGCAAGGUUCUACAUGCCUCUAAACAUUAUGCAAGUUCUUCUGAGCUCCAGCAGAGGUGUCUCAAGGUUCACCUGGAGCUGCAGGUGUUAGAAGGUUCACCUGGAGCUGCAGGUGUUAGAAGGUUCUCCUGGAGCUGCAGGUGUUAGAAGGUUCACCUGGAGCUGCAGGUGUUAGAACGUUCACCUGGAGCUGCAGGUGUCUGAAGGUUCUCCUGGAGCUGCAGGUGUCUGAACGUUCUCCUGGAGCUGCAGGUGUCUGAAGGUUCUCCUGGAGCUGCAGGUGUUAGAAGGUUCACCUGGAGCUGCAGGUGUCUGAAGGUUCACCUGGAGCUGCAGGUGUUAGAAGGUUCACCUGGAGCUGCAGGUGUUAGAAGGUUCUCCUGGAGCUGCAGGUGUUAGAAGGUUCUCCUGGAGCUGCAGGUGUUAGAAGGUUCACCUGGAGCUGCAGGUGUUAGAAGGUUCACCUGGAGCUGCAGGUGUUAGAACGUUCACCUGGAGCUGCAGGUGUCUGAAGGUUCUCCUGGAGCUGCAGGUGUCUGAACGUUCUCCUGGAGCUGCAGGUGUCUGAAGGUUCUCCUGGAGCUGCAGGUGUUAGAAGGUUCACCUGGAGCUGCAGGUGUCUGAAGGUUCACCUGGAGCUGCAGGUGUUAGAAGGUUCUCCUGGAGCUGCAGGUGUCUGAAGGUUCUCCUGGAGCUGCAGGUGUCUGAACGUUCUCCUGGAGCUGCAGGUGUCUGAAGGUUCACCUGGAGCUGCAGGUGUUCCAGGUGUUUCUGGAAACUGUCUGUUCUUGAUUUGUGCCUUUUUAUCAACAGUUGAGUUCUUGAACGUCGCCUGUCUUGAUUGUUUCCAGCAGACCGAACUCUGCUUCGUACACUGGAUGAAUCACAACCUUCAUUCUUCUCAUCAUCUUCAUCUUUGUGUUUGGACACUGUUGCCACGGCAACGACGCAUGACCACUUGCUGUUUCUGAUUAUUUAUCAGUGAUGGGCUGUAUUGGGGAACGAUCAGCAGCGCUCCUGCCGAUGCGAGGACUCGUCCAGCCGUCCUGAUGCCUUCUCCUCCCUCCUACCUUGUAAUUAAGAGAAGACUUUUAUAGAGGUCACAGAUGAAAUAGAUAAAAUGCCAAUUUUGUAAGAAUGAUUUAUAAAAAAAAAAUAAACUCAUAUUUGAUGAUAA